UCCAGGCAAGAGGUACAAAACCGGCAGACAGGAACCCAGCCGCGGAGGAAACGCCCUGCAGGAUGUCUGACUCAUUGGUUGUGUGCGAUGUAGACCCCGAGCUGAAAGAGCGGCUGAGGAAAUUCCGCUUCAGGAAGGAGACCAAUAAUGCUGCCAUCUUGAUGAAGAUUGACAAGGACAAGCAGCUGGUGGUCCUGGAUGAAGAGUUUGAGGAUAUUUCCCCCGAUGACCUACAGAAUGAGCUACCAGAACGUCAACCCAGAUUUCUGGCAUACAGUUACCAGUACAAGCAUGAUGAUGGACGCGUCUCAUACCCCCUGUGUAUGAUCUUCUCCAGCCCAGUCGGUUGUAAGCCUGAGCAGCAGAUGAUGUACGCGGGUAGUAAGAACAGACUGGUACAAAUCGCUGAGCUUACUAAGGUAUUUGAAAUCAGAAACACCAGCGACCUUACGGAGGAAUGGCUGAAGGAACGCCUGGCUUUUUUCCGUUGAAGUGGACCGAUCUUGAUGCAUUUGCUAGAGACGAGCAACUU